UGCCACAUUGACACAAACCUGCACGGCAACUAGUAAUCCCUUCCAGUGGUGACACAACCAACAACUAAUAGACGUUACCUCUUGCUUAUAAUAAUUUGUAAUUAUUUCACAGUGGAAUGUAAAGCCGAGUUAAAGAAAAUAUUAGAGGAGGAUUGAGGAGAGUGCAAGUUUAGUUUUGUAUCGUAGUUGAAAGUUUGUGUAUGAGGUCAGUGCCACCUUAGUGAAUGGAAGCAGUCACUGGUAAAGCUGCUUGUGACGAAGGUGCCGUGCAGGCAGUAGCGUUAAUUGCCUGGGUCUGCCUGAGAAUGUGACCAUGUAAGGUACCCACUGGUCCACGCUGCUCUGGUAGCAGAGUGAGGGGUGCCAGCCUCUAGAGGAGUGCCAGCUGCCUAAGAGUAAGGGUGAGACUCAAGUGGCAGCAGUUCUACCCCAGCUGAACGUGUGAGGACCCUGGAAAUAGUGUGUGGUUUGGACCAGUCUUUCGGAAGGUACCGUGAUGGGUGACUAUGGGUUGGGUUAGCCGUGGGUGUGAUUGAGGGGGGCGUAUGGGCGGCGGCGGGGCCACCGUGUGAUGCUGUCCAGUGGUGGUGUCUUGUGGCUGCUCCUUCCAUCUUCUCCUCCUGUCCUUCCUCCGCCGCCGCCGCCAUCAUCUCAAGACCACGCCCACCACACCGCGUGCCGCCCCUGACGCCCACACGCCGCCCGUGGGCGAAGCAAAAAUGUAACCACCGGAGCACGGAGGACAUGGUGGUGGUGGGGGAGGCGCGCAGGGUGAGGUCGUGUUGUAAACACAAGCUUCUGCCAGCAAGACCCAGAGCAUGGAGGCUUCUACACUCACAGUUCGACAGGAUAGAAGAGUUCGUGGCACACGGAGCCAACGUCAACUGCCUGGCACUGGGGCACAAGUCUGGCCGCGUCCUCGUCACCGGCGGUGAUGACAAGAAGGUCAACUUGUGGGCCGUGGGCAAGCCCAACUGUAUACUGAGUUUGUCUGGGCACACGACACCUGUGGAGUGUGUAAGAUUUGGAGGCUCAGAGGACCUGGUGUGUGCUGGAUCACUGAGUGGAGCACUCAAGAUCUGGGACCUGGAGGCCACUAAGAUCGUCCGAACACUCACGGGUCACAAGGCCAACAUCCGCUGUAUAGACUUCCACCCUUAUGGAGACUUCAUUGGUACCGGCUCCCUUGAUACUAAUAUUAAGUUAUGGGAUAUUAGACGGAAAGGUUGCAUCUUUACUUAUAAGGGUCACAAUCUCACAGUCAAUAGUCUCAAGUUCUCUCCAGAUGGCCAGUGGAUUGCUUCAGCUGGGGAAGACUGUAAUGUUAAGUUAUGGGAUCUCCGUGCUGGCAAGAUGAUGACGGAAUUUGCUCAGCACACGGGUCCGGUCAGUGAUGUGGAGUUUCACCCUCAUGAAUUUCUCUUGGCAUCUGCAUCUCAUGACCGGACUGUCAACUUCUGGGACCUGGAAAAAUUCUCACUGGUAUCUGCUACUGAUGCUGAUACUGGGCCCAUUAGAACAAUUGCCUUCCACCCUGAUGGUGACUGUUUGUAUGCGGGAUCUCCAGAUGUCUUAAAGGUGUAUGGUUGGGAGCCUGCACGAACCUUUGACACUGUUGCUAUGGGCUGGGGCAAGAUACAGGAUAUUGCUAUUGCUCAAAACCAGUUAAUUGGUGCAGGCUUCCAUGGUGUGCAUGUGUCUCUGUAUGUGGUGGAUUUAAAACGUGUUCAGCCUUUCGGAGUCCCUCAGCACGACGUACCAUCAACUUUCAGAUAUGGUGCAGCCAUACGCAAGAGUUUCAGCAAGGAUAAAAAUUCUGGAAAAGCUACGGCAGAGUCUAUGAAAACUGAGGAAGCAUCAGAUACUGGGGGUGAGGAACCCCAGGAAGAGGACCCUCCUCCAGAGAUCACUAACCUUAAUGACUACAAUGGAAUAUUUCAGACACGACGGGAAUUACAGAGAACACCACCCCCGCUCGAGCCCAAACCUGCCAUUAACAAUAACAAUGAUCCAAUGGUGCCUCAAGUAAUGACCAGUCCUGAUGUGAUACGACCAGAGCCCCUCAGACACAGUCCACCAACUGCAGCCAGACCUUCCACUCCAGAGUCAACUAGAAGGGGAUCAUCCCAAAAUGUGUCUCAUCUUCCUCGGCCAAUUGCCACUCCAAGAGAGACUGCCACUCCAAGAUAUGAUAAUGGUAACCAGCCAGUGUCGCCUCCCACAAAUCCCACCAGUUUUCCCAGUCUGUAUGAAAGACGUGGCUCUACUCAGGAACAGUCUGCCUAUGUUUCUCCUCACAGAGACUACACACUCAGUGGCAGUGCCAGUCCAAACUUGAGUCAGCCAUACAGAGCACGUGCUGUGUCGGAAAGCAGAAGAGACACCAGAGACACUUCCAGUGCACCUUACGAAACUGAAGGAAACAGGUAUCACAUCAGACAUAGUCCGUCAGAACCACAUUUGGUGAGGCAGUCGUCAUCUCCAGGUCCUCCAGCAAGCUCACCUGCUUACCAUGACUCAGCACCAAGUUUACCACAGUUGGCACGACCAGAUCUCACUAAUUUAAGCAGAACUCAGGCAUCAUCUAAACCGGAUCUCACUUCACACUCAAAGCCAAUGGAUCGGCCAGCCCUAGUGAGACCUACACCACGUCCUCAUGCAUCCCAGAGCACAGAAGUGGGGUACAUGACUGCGCCGAAGACAACAAGUCCUGAGAUCUCCUACUUGGGCACAACGAAGGAGCCACCUGAUUAUGGUUAUCAUCAAGAUGGCUUAAAGGAAAUUGAUUAUUCCUCUGCCUUUUCAAGUAUACCAACUGAUAAAAGUAUCAACUUUGAUGACUUUUUGCCUAACAAACUUAGCAGCUUGGGCUUGGAUGUAAGCACUGGCAGAAAUGGCCUAACAGGCAUUGCAGGCACUGAAAUGUCUGAGCAGGAAGUGUUAUCUAGCAUUAUGCGAGGUCACUCCUCCAUGAUGUCCGUCAUAAGUGCUCGGUCUAGAGGCUUGCAGAUUACACACAAGCUUUGGCAAAGUAAAGAUCUUAAGACUGCUGUGGAUCAUGCCCUCAACACUGGUGAUCAGGCACUUCUUGUGGAUCUUUUAGGCAUCAUUAAUCUUAGACCGUCAAUAUGGAACUUGGAUCUGCUGACGGCUCUGCUUCCACCUGUCAGUUUGCUGCUUCAAAGUAAAUAUGAAACGUAUGUAACUUGUGGUUGCAAUGCCUUGAAGCUGAUGAUCAAGAAUUUUGCUGUCAUGAUUAAAUCAAACAUGUCCGGUCCCAUACACAGUGUUGGGGUUGACAUAUCAAGAGAAGAACGAUACAACAAAUGCAUAGAGUGCUACAAUCACAUGAUGUCAAUAAGAGCCUUCCUUCUCAGGCGACAGACAGUACCUGGCAAAAUGGGACCUAUGUAUCGUGAGCUGGUCAUACUUAUGCAAGCCUUUGAAUAGUGCCAAUUUGGUAGUGUGAAAAGAAAGCUAGAAAAAUGGAAUAGUGAUUCAAAGAAAAGAUGUAAGGCAAUACUAAAAAAUUGCCUCAAUAUUUUUAACUAUGGAGAAAACGGUGAGGAAGUUGAGGAUUAGUCAUAUUUAAAUUUGCAUCUCGUUCCUUGCCUCUUGAAACUUGGUGGCCGUGAAUAAUAGGAAUGUGGUAAUUGCAGUAUUACACUGAAAAUGGCAGAUUUUUUAAUUGAGGUAAAACCCUAAGGCAUUUGCUGCUCAAUAGAAUGCAUUCCCUACUCAUAGUCCCCCCAUCUUGCACUUUCAAUUUAAAAAUAGGUGCUUCUAAGUUUAAUAAUGGCUUCUAUAUAGUGAAGAGUAUUGAUGGUUAAAGUUGCAGUUGAUGAUAGUUCAAUUUGUAAUCAGUCAACUAACACUGAUGGGGAUCACCUAUGAUAGAUGCAUUUCAGUAAUUGGGAUGGCUCAUGCUUAUUGUCUCCUUCAAAUAGCUAAGAAGGAAAUGAAUUACAGCAGUUAAUAAUAUAAACUUUGUGCCUUCUGAUUUCUUACUCCACUCUGCCUUGAUGUGAUAGUGCAGAACAGUACUGUAUUUGUAUACUACCAAGAUAUUCUUUACAUCUGAAGCAUUUCCAGAUGUUAAUGUACAGUACUGUAUUUCUUUGAAUUCUCAAGCAAGUGUAGUGGCGAGAUACAUGUAAUAUUGAUGGGAUGGUAUAUUAUCAUUCUGUAUUAAGUGAUUAUAGGAGACUUGUUUGUUGCCAGAUUAGCAGUUUUGAGCUUUAGUUUUAAAUUUUAUAUUGUGAAGUGGGUACCACAUAAGGUUCACAUUCCCAGGAGCCAGGCAGAUUUUUUUCUUGUAUAACUUGAACAGAGCUGGCCACUGCCUUUGUCAGUACCAUACUUUUUUUUUUUUUUUUUUUUUUUAUUCAACUGGAAGUUUAAUUGCAUAAUGACAAGCCGUGAUGAACAUUCAUAAUUUUAUGGUAACCAAAAUUCUGCAAUAUUAUUUUUGUCUAAAUGAUGGAAACCAGUUGCAGUAACUUGCUGGCAACAGUGCCCUGAAGUGAACAUAAGGGCUGUAUAGCUGAGAGUUAUGCAGUAUCUGAUGUUAGGGGUAUUGUAAUAGCACAUGGGAAAUCAGUGAAUAAGUCACCAGUAUCUCAGGUCAUAAUGAAUGAGUAGUUUUUACCUGGUGGUGUAAUCAGGAAUUAAACCUUCCCUGCAACAUAUUCCAGGUCCUAUAUAGACGUAUUGAUAAUUUAGGAAGAACCAGAGUUGGUUGCUCCCUUUUUCAGUGGAAUUAUACCUUUUGACUUGCAUUCUAGUCCUGGCCAUAAAUUCUUACUAAUGAACAUAUGCAAAAAAUA